UCGUCAGAAUUUGACACGGGUUCGUGAGAAGUGGCUGGAUUGCAUGCAAGGGAAAGAAGGGGGGUAAUGGAGGAAGGGAAGGAAGGGGAGGAAGGAGAGGAAGGGGAGGAAGGGAAGGAAGAAGGGGAGGAAGGGGAGGAAGAAGAGGAGGAAGGGGAGGAAGGAGAGGAAGGGGGAGAAACGAAGUUGGGUGAGUUGUUUGAAGGAACGGAGGGGGCAAAAGGGGACGUCGAUAUUGGAGACGACGAACAGAUAGUGAGUGACGACGAUGCCGGAUUUGGGGAGCCGUCUGACGGAUUCGCGCUGCUGUACGGUGAACAUCGAGAGGAUGAUGACAACGACAAUGGGACGACAAUGGAGAUGGAGACACAGGUGGUCAGCAGCCUUUCGGCAGAACAUGAUGACUAUGAGGUCGAAGCACUGACGCCUGUCGUCGAUCUCCAACACCGGUUCAAUGAGGCUCCUAUUGAUUUGAGCCUGUCUAAACCGAGUGGUCGUAUAGACGUCGAAGUUAUCGAUGACAUCCUGGGCGACCACCACGUGUCCGCGCAGCCGUCCACAACGCCUGAUGUCGACGAGCCUCGCAACGUCAAACCUUCCGUGGCAUCUGCCAUCGCUUUCUCGCCACCGAACUCUUCGAUACUGUCGGCGACCAUCGUCGGCGGAGGGGAAGGCGGGAUCGGGGAACAACAACAUGUCACGUCCCCGAAAAAAUCUAGGGUCGGCACUCAAGCUCUCGACGUGCUGGCCUUGCCCGCGCCAACUUCACUGACAAAGGAAAGGAGGGACAAACCGGCUGGUAAGCUGUGAGAAACGCCACUUUGUCUGCGCGGCUAGGCUUCCAAGAGC